AUGGCCGCCCCCGAGGCGCUCAACAAGCCGUUCCCCCUGGAGGGCUUCACCAGGUUGACGGCGCCCCUGCGGCCGCUGCCCCUGGCCGACAAGACCGCCGCCGCGGCCUUCUCGCCAUUCUCCAUCUCCAGCAUCCUGUCCAGGGACCUCGGCACCGCCAGCCCCGCCAGGUCGCCCGCCGGCUCGGACCACGAGGGCAGGCGCAAGCGGCCCCGCGAGGACGACGGGCCCGCGCCGCCGUCGGCGGCCUCGCUGGCCGUGCCGCCCUACCCCGUCAGGCUGCCGUACUACAACCCGUUCCUGCUGUUCGGCUACGACUCGUACCUGGACCACCCCGCGUCGUCGGCCGCGGAGGACGUGGACAUCAACAUCGAGGACGAGGAGUCCGCCGAUGACGACGACGACGCCGGCAAGGACGACGCGGCCAAGGACGGCGGAUCCGCGAGCUCCGGCGGCCAAGGAGGGUCCGCGGCCAGCGCGGCCGCCAACGCCAACAAGAGGAAGAAGAAGACGAGGACCGUGUUCUCGCGGUCGCAGGUCUUCCAGCUCGAGUCCACCUUCGACAUGAAGCGCUACUUGUCCUCGUCGGAGCGCGCGGGGCUGGCCGCCUCGCUGCACCUCACGGAGACGCAGGUCAAGAUCUGGUUCCAGAACCGUCGCAACAAGUGGAAGAGGCAGCUGGCCGCCGAGCUGGAGGCCGCCAACAUGGCCAACAUGGCCAACAUGGCUAACAUGGCCAACAUGGCCCACGCCGCGCACGCCGCGCAGAGGCUCGUCAGGGUGCCCGUCCCCGUGCUCUACCACGAGCCCGCCGCCUAUGGAAACCCCCACGAGUCGCCCUUCCAGCACCCCAAGAAGCCCACGGCGUCGUUCGGCGGCGCCCACUUGGACGACGGCCGGGAGUCCCGCGACGCCCGCGAUCCCAGGGACCUCCGAGACCCUCGGGACCUCCGCGACCCCCGCGACCUCAGGGAUCCCCGCGACCUCCGGGACCUCCGGGACCCUCGGGAUGUCCGCGACCCCCGCGACCAGCCUCUGUACUUCCCCGCGCACCACCUGGCCACCCACCUGCCCGGCAAGGGCGUGCCGCUGCCCGCACACGUCGCACUUAUCCGGCACCCCAUCCGUGUAGCCUGAGUGCUGAAUUAA